UUCUCCCGCUCUCUGAAGAACAGCUUGACAUUAAUUGCAUAAGAUUAAUGUAAGAUUUAUUUGUUCUUGCAAUCCAAAUUCUUUUACUCGCCUCUGUAAGCACAGAACAAUUGGCUUAGCAAAAUGAAGAGUAGUUGUCUCAGAGUCAGUGAAGAGAAAGUGAAGAAGUCUAAAAUCAGAGAAGUAUUGGCUGCUCUGAUCUCAAUUCUCCUUGUGUUUGCCAUCGAGUUUGUGGCGAUCGAGGCUUCCGAGGGCUCAAACGGCAACGACAGCCAUACAAAUCAUCAUGCUUGGACAACGGUUACGUCCGCUUGCAGCAACACCCGCUAUCCCAAGCGAUGCGUCUCGUCCAUGGCUUCCUAUCCUGCUUAUCAGACUGCCAAGCUUCACGAUCUCACUAAAGUUGCCUUGCAAGUGAGCCUGACAAGGGCGCGAAAGGCUCGCGAAUUCACACGGAGUCUUCAAAAGAAUCUGAUGAAAGAAAGAGAGCGCAUGGCAUGGCGAGACUGUUUGGAGCUCUUUGAGGAUACCAUCCAUCAUCUCAGAGUCUGUUCGAGAAACGGUUCUCUCAGUCCAGACUGCCCCAUUUGGCUGAGUGCCUCGUUGACAAACCAGGAGACCUGCUUGAACGGAUUUCGUGAUCUCAAUUUGAGUGCCACCAAUCCCAUCAGAGCUCUCAUGUCACCCAGAGCUGUGAAUUUGUCAGAACUAGUCAGCAACUCGCUCUCCAUGUACAAGUUCUCCACUUUGCCUGCCAAGACCAGGAAUAACCGCAGCCUGUUAUCUGUAGACACCAACGAAGAUGGAGAUUUCAAUUCGCACUAUGGCCGUGUGAGUGAAGAUGGAUUUCCCGAAUGGCUGUCACCGAGAGAUCGCAAGCUAUUGCGGGCGUCUAGCCUGGCCAGCUUAGCCCACGUGGUGGUAGCCCAAGACGGUUCUGGUCAUUACUGGAAAAUCGCGCAAGCAAUCAAAGCUGCGCCUCGGAACAGCAGAAAGAGAUACAUCAUCUUCAUUAAGGCGGGAAUUUACAAGGAGAACAUCGACAUAUCUAAGAAGGUAACGAAUUUGAUGUUGGUGGGAGCCGGCAAGAGUAAAACUAUUGUGACGGGACGCAGGAGCGUGCAAGACGGCUACACUACUUUCAGAACAGCAACAGUCGCUGUUUCUGGCAAAGGAUUCAUCGCAAGAGAUAUGACGUUUGAGAACACAGCAGGGCCAGAGAAGCACCAAGCCGUGGCACUUCGAGUGGGUUCUGACCAGUCGGCCGUGUACCGGUGCAGCAUCAGAGGCUACCAAGACACUUUGUAUGUCUACUCCCUCCGCCAAUUCUACCGCGAGGUCGACAUCUACGGGACCGUGGAUUUCAUCUUCGGCAACGCUGCAGUUGUCAUCCAGAACAGCAAUAUUAUCGCCCGACGUCCCAUGAUAAACCAGAAGAACACAAUUACUGCCCAAGGAAGAACAGAUCCUAACGAAAACACUGGAAUUUCCAUCCAUAACUGCAAUGUUUUGGCAUCUCCCGCCCUUGCACGUGUAAAAGGCCACAUCAAGACAUUCCUGGGGAGGCCAUGGAAGGAGUACUCUCGCACUCUCUUCAUACAAUCCACUCUUGACAAUCACAUUGACCCCGCUGGUUGGUUGGAAUGGGAUGGUAAUUUUGCUCUCAGCACUUUAUACUAUGGGGAAUACAUGAACAGAGGAGGUGGUGCAGGAACGUCAAAACGUGUGAAUUGGCCUGGAUUUCAUGUCAUCACCAGUGCUAGAGAAGCCUACAAGUUUACAGCUGGAAAAUUCAUCCAUGGUAGUUCAUGGAUUCCGUCUACAGGUCUCGCCUUUACUCCAGGCUUGAACUGAUCAUUACGAUUUAGUUUUUGCUUUAUUAUUAUUGUUUAGUCUGUUUUUUUUAAAAGCUCGCCUAUAAUAUGCUUACGCCAUUGGAGCAAUCUGUCGGUUCCUUUCAGUGAACAGUGUAAAGCACCAAUUUCUCUAAUGGUUAGAUAAAAUGUUGCUUUGCCUUCUU